GUGACAGAAGAUAAAUGACAUUUGUUAUGAGCCGUGUUUUGAUUUGAAUUCUUCUCGAGUGAUUUGUAGAGAAAUGUUGAUGUUAUAAACCCAUAUCAAAUGAAAGAACCGAAUAAUAUCAUCUCAUAUUUCGUUAAAUAUGAUAUGGAAACAGUUCAUCUCAUUCACAAGACGUAGGAUAACCUUUUUCAUUAUCCCAUCGCUUCUGUUUUCUUUGGUUUUUAUUUUGUAUCAAGUCCAUAUUUUCAUUCAAUUAUCGAAAGAACAGAAUGAAAUCAAACUACAAUACAGGGUGCAAACACGCAGCGAUCUCCCCAAAGGUAUUCAUGUGGAGCAAGCCAGUUUUUACACACCGGAUCACAGGGGUCAAUUCCUGUGUGUUCACAGCCAAGAGGUGAUACCAUUUACAAAGGUCAAUGAUGAUUACUGUGAUUGUCUAGAUGGCACUGAUGAACCUGGUACCAAUGCCUGUCCCAAUGGGUUGUUCUAUUGUGGCGUAACUGCAAAUGGGUUCCCAACCCAUGUCAAAUCACCAAAGGUCAAUGAUGGCAUCUGUGACUGCUGUGAUGGUUCUGAUGAAUGGGACAACAAUCAAGUGUUGAAGGACCAGAUACCACAUAGCAGUAAGCAUCACGACUUCUUGUUUCAUCGUUACCCUCCAUGUAAAAGGCUGUGCUAGAAUAAGCUGAAAACUCUUCUCGAAUUUUAUAAGUACCUCUGAAAGAUUAUGUUGAUAUUUAUUCUCACAAAAUAAAAGGAAUGUUUUGAUGUUGUGGAAAUUUUUUGUAUCCGCUGAUGUCUCCCAAAAAUGGAACACAAUGGAAGUGAAACAAAUAUUUUUAAAAAACAUUUAAUGAAACAAAAUAUACAAAUCUUUACAACAAA